AUGGAGAAGUUCUCCCAGUUCCGGGAUCGAGGCUCGGGCAUCGCACCCUUCCUACCAAUCCCCACCGAAUCCCUCGGCAUACAGGCCCCUCUUAGAAUAUUCCUUUUCUGUUUUCGCCUACCGCUGUUCAUUUUCGUGACAUUCGCAUACUUUGUCAUCCUCCAAUGGCUUCCCAUUGGAUCGCUAGGGAAGAAAGCCGCCUUAUGGUGUAUACUAGGUGUCCCGAGUAUUUGGUGGAUUGAUCUACAAGUAGACGGAGUUAAGAAAGGCUCGCUAUCAAAGCACCAGAAUGCUCGCCUUCCCCAACCCGGAUCCGUGAUUGCCUCGUCAUUCACCUCACCCAUUGACGCUGUGUAUCUGGCCGCUAUCUUCGACCCUGUCUUCACAGCAUCAUACCCAAACACCCGUCAAGUCGAGCGCAUCUCUCUCCUUCAAGCCGUUUUUCGCGCCUUCUCAGCCCCCUCAACCCAGCCGGAACCGGGUACGAAACUGGUCGACGUCGAUGCUUUGGUGGAGAAGUACCCUAAUCGCCCCAUCGUUAUCUUUCCCGAGUGCACCACAACCAACGGCCGAGGUAUUCUUCCGCUAAGCCAUGCAUUGCUCGGUGUGCCGUCAAAGACAAAGGUGUUCCCUGUCAGUUUGAGGUACACCCCAGUUGAUGUGGUGACCCCACUUCCUGGCAGCUAUAUUAGCUUUCUUUGGACUCUGCUCAGCAAGCCUACGCACGGUAUCCGAGUCCGAAUCGCUGAAUGUGUUCUGAACACUCGAAGUGCGGUCGAUGCGCCACCUGCGCGAUCAACUCGCCAGUCCACAUAUAACUCCAAUUAUUUGGAUACGUUGGAGCAGGAUGCAGCUGACGGUGGCGUGACAGCGGGCGAGAGGGCAUUCCUUGAGAACGUCGGGGAGUCUCUUGCUCGCUUGGGCCGUGUGAAACGGGUUGGACUUGGAGUGAAAGAGAAGCAAGAGUUUGUUCGAGUGUGGAGUAAGACGCGCAGUACGUGGUGA